AUGGAAACAUACCUUCAAUACCGCCGCAUCGGACAUACCCUUCGCCAACAGCUCGAGUCCGACGCUGAAGGACCACGCGAGCUCCCAUGCCUGUCGCUCCAGGAGACCCGAGUGGUGGGCGGGCGGCAAGUUCUUGUGGUCGACUGGGACGGGCCAGAUGAUCCUUUGAACCCGCGAAAUUGGCCCUUUCGCCGGCGCUUCUGGUCCACAUUGAUCAUAUCCGGCAUUGCGUUCAUGGUUGGGGCUGCCGCCCCCAUCGACAGCGCGGUCCUUCCUCAAGCCGCGAAAGACCUAGGGGUCAGCGAGGUCGUGGAAACUCUGGCAGUCGGGGUCUUCUUGGUGGGCUUCGGGUUUGGCGCGUUGAUCUGCGGCCCCUUCAGCGAAGUCUUGGGCAGGAGCAUGACCUAUUUGGUCAGCCUGGCAUCCAUGUGCAUUUUCCUCAUGGCAUCGGCACUCGCACCCGACAUUGCGGCCCAGCUUGUCUUCAGAUUCAUGGCGGGGUUCUCUGGCGCCUCUCCUCUCGUGUGCGCCGGAGGAUCCAUCUCCGACAUGUUCACGCCUCUUGAAAAGACGUACAUGUUUCCAAUCUUCGCCAUUGGAGGCUUCGGCGGGCCGGCCCUGGGCCCGGUCAUGGGGGCAUGGAUUCCCGAAUCGCCCUAUCUGCAUACCUGGCGGUGGACAGAAUGGGUGGCGUUACUGACGGCUGGCGUCGUUUUGUUCCUGGCCUUCUUCUUCCAGCCGGAGACCUACGCGCCCGUGUUGUUGAGCUGGAAGGCAGCACAACUCCGGAAGCUCACUGGCGACCAUCGGUACUACGCCGAACACGAGCUCGAACGGAUACCACUAUUGAUGCGUCUGCGGAUCGCCCUUCCUCGACCAUUCCUGAUGGCCUUCCACGAGCCGGUCAUCAUGCUGAUCACGCUCUACAUGUGCGUCCUCUACAUCAUUCUCUUCACCUUCUUUGACGGAUACGAAGACAUCUUCACCCGCACGUACGGCAUCUCUCAGGGCCUGACGAACACCAUCUUUGUCGCCCAAUUCGUCGGCAUCUGCCUCGGCAGCCUGUGGCUUCCGUGGAUCUACAAGAAGACCGUCCAGGCACAGCGGAGAGCAGAGGCCGACGGAUUGAAACAAUUCGACCCCGAAGUGCGGUUGUGGUUCGCCAUGCUCGGCGGUGCCCCUGCCAUUCCUGUCUCGUUGUUCUGGAUGGCCUGGACAGCCUACCCCAGUGUAUCCAUCUGGUCGCCCAUCCUGGCUUCGGUGUUGUUCGGAUACGGAGUUAUCAUGAUUUUCAUCAGCUCCUACAUGUACCUGAUCGACAGCUACGAGACCUAUGCCGCCAGCGCACUAACCUUUGCCACACUUGCACGUUACAACUGUGCCGGGGGAAUGACCGUGGUGGGCAUCCCUUUUUAUCGAAACAUGGGCCAUCACUGGACCAUCACGAUUCUGGCUUGUCUGAGUAUCCUGUUGACCCCAAUCCCCUACGUCUUCUACAAGUACGGCCAUGUCAUUCGGAAGAAGAGUCGAUAUGCGGUCUCGCGCUCCAUCGAAGAGGCCGAGAAGCACGUGGUGCCCGAGUCCCCAGGCUCUUCCUCGACGACGGUGCCGAUUGAACGGAAUGAGGAAGAGGGCGCAACGGGAGUGACCGAGGUUCAGCGUUGA